AUGUUGCUGAAUGUGAGCCUUAUUUUUGCUGCUGCCUUAAGUUUGGUGUCAUGUUUGAGCAUUGGAAACAUGGUGCAGAAUGCCAGAAAUGAAGGCAUCUAUGCAAUGGAGAUUGCUGAAGAAGGGGCUGGGGACACCGUGAAGACUAUUGAUAAAGAAGGCAAGCAGACCCUGAGAGUCAUUGACAAAGGGGCUGAGCAGACUGUGAAUGUCAUUGACAAAGGGGCUAAGCACACUGUGAAUGUCAUUGACAAAGGGGCUGAGCAGACCCUGAGCGUCAUUGACAAAGGGGCUAAGCACACUGUGAAUGUCAUUAACAAAGGGGCUGAGCAGACCCUGAGAGUCAUUGACAAAGGGGCUAAGCACACCCUAAGCGUCAUUGACAAAGGGGCUGAUCAGACCUUGAGCAUCAUUGACAAAGGGGCUAAGCACACCCUGAGCGUCAUUGACAAAGAUGCAGAGGACACCCUGAGCGUCAUUGACAAAGAUGCAGAGGACACCCUGAGCGUCAUUGACAAAGGAGCUACCAAGAGUCUGAAGAGUGCUGAAGAUUUUUUUAUUAUGCUAAAGAAAGAAGUCAAUUCCAAUUCUACCUGUGCCUGUGUCAACUACACUUGUGGGUGCUGCUUGCAGGUUGUUGUGGAGAAAAUUUCUCUCAAUGAAACAGGUUGUCUGAAUAUCAGCUACCUUCCAGAUGAGUAUGGGUUUGAGUUCUUAUUUACAUUGAAUGGAUUGGCCAUUAUUGAUGAAAAAAUUUCAGUGAAAAACCCGCCUCCAGUUUGUGCUGCAAUCCCUUACAUCCAUCAGGUAGCCAGCCUGUGCAUCAGGUUCUACAACCUAGACUACAAGGCCAAGCAGUUUUCUGGCUGUGCAGAUGUUGAGAUAGAAGUUGAAAGGGUUGUUUUGAAGAAGUAUGACCUGGGCUGCAUACACAUUCCACCAAGUCGGGAACACAAGCUGAUAAUUCAGUAA